AAAAGAAGUUGGCAAGUGGCAACACUGGACUUGUGGUUGUCAUAUGUCAUAUUUCAAAGUACGACGUUUUUCAGCAAUCAAGAAUAUUCUUAAAUUAUUCAGAUUGCAUUGACAUUUGUUUAAAUAAGUAAUCUUUUCUUUGCCGAAAAGACCUUAUCAACCAAAAAAAUGAGUUGUCCAUUUAACGAAGAGCAGCUAACGCAGCUAAAUGCUUUCGUUGAUCUCUGUAAGGCUCAACCACUUAUCCUCCAUCAUCCGAAAUUGGCAUUUUUUAAGGAUUAUCUGGUAUCACUCGGCGUCCGUUUGCCAACAGCUACCUUUGGCUCGAAGCCAUUUACUGCAUCAGGAGAUGGACAUCCUCCUACAAGCAAUUUAGAAGAAAAUGCUGCAAAACCUGCAUCCUCUGAAUCUGAAGAGUCUGAUCUAGAACUUGAUAUGGAAGGAGUAAUUACAAGUGCUGAUUCAGAAGCUACUCAGGAAAUGGGAGAUCCAUCGAAAGAAGUCACAGAUGAAGAGAGAGACCAAUCUGAUGAGAAGCGCACAGCGGCAAUGGAGGCUUUCUCUAAACAGGAAUAUGAAGAAGCCAUCGCUUUAUACACAGAGGCUAUUAAACUUAACCCACAAAGUGCUGUGCUCUUUGCAAAAAGGGGUCAAGCAUUUCUCAAACUGAACAAACUACAUGCAUGCAUCAAAGAUUGUUCUCAUACCCUGGAGUUAAACUGUGAUAGUGCAGCUGCUUAUAAGUUUCGUGGUCGUGCCUAUAGGCUCUUAGGCUCUUUUGAAAAUGCCUCACAUGAUCUUUGUGAAUCUCUUAAAAUUGACUAUGAUGACCAAGUCAAUGAAUGGUUGAGUGAAAUCAAGCCAAAUGCUGAUAAAAUUCGUCAGCACAAGCUCAGUAGGCAGCGCAGGAAGGAAGACAAGGAGCACUCUGAGAAGCUGCGUCGCGCUCGCGAAGCCCAAGAGGCGGAGACCGCGAAGAAGCAAGCAAAUCCGGCCGCGGGUGGUCCGUUCAAUAUGCCCACAAACUUGCCCUCCUUCUUUGCUAAUGUACUCAAUAACCCGGAAAUGAUGGCUGCUUUUGAGGACCCAGAAGUCAUGAAUGCAUUCUACGAUGUUUCCUCAAACCCAGCUAAUUUCGCAAAAUACCAGAACAAUCCCAAGAUAGCAGCUGUGUUUGAAAUGUUUCACAAGAAAUUUGGCAAUACAGCCUUCGCAAAAGAUUUCCCGGCCGGCGCUCAAGCGACUGGAGCCACAUCGAAACCCUACGACGAUGACGUAGGACUAGACUAAACACUAAAUAAAACAGAUAUUCAUUUAUCUUUUAAUUCUUGCCUAAAUUUAAGGUUUCUAUGUAUUGUCUAUGCUCUAUAUCAUUAUUAUGGAAAUAAUUUUUAAUAUUAAAAUUAAGUAGGGCCAAAUAGAGCUCAUGCAUACACACUGUUUUAUCGUAAUCUGUGAAAGUAUGUAGAUCAAGGCAUCUUUAAGUUGCAAAUUCUAUUUUAAAACAUUUUAUUAAGGGUAUAUCAUCCACAACUUUUAUGAUUAAUGAAAUGUAUGAAGAGUUAGCAUUCAACUUUCAAGCAUAUCAUCUGAAGUAGUAUUUACGUGUGUAUGGACUGUAAUAUGAUGCAUUUACAUAAAAAUAUAACUCUUAAUGUCAUAUAUUCUUCUGAUGUAUUAUAAUAUAUGAAGUGCUUUAAUUGGCAGGUGCUCAGUAACAGUCAUAAUUAUUUGUGUAUACCGAUUGCGCCUAGUUCUUUGCUUAAUUGUAUUUAUUACAUAACUGUUAUAAAGUCUGAUUAUGUUCUUUGAAAUUUUUGGUUUUACAAUAAAAUAUUCUAA